AUGUCAUCUUCCAGUUCCAGUUCCGAUUCCAGUUCCGGUGAGGAGAUAACCAUUGAUCAACUACGAUCUAUUUACAAGAUAGACAGAGAUAUGUAUAGAAAACUUACUGUGAACAUGCGUAAGGAACCUUUAGUCUGUAUGGCUGUGAUGGCUCUUUGGCUCUUUAUGGAAGACCUUGGAUAUCCCAAUGUCAUCCCUAUGUUACUAUCAUAUCCAAGCGAUAUCAUUGAUUACGCCUUCGAAGAAGCGAAAGUGUUAGUAUAUCAUAUACUCACCAGGACUCCACCCCCUUCUUCUCUAAUUGAUACCCCGAUAACGUUAAGAUUGAUACACGUUGUCGGAUCUCGGGCAUAUAUACCUAUGAAGAAUCUGUAUCACGAUGGAACAAUUCCGUAUAUUGAAAUCACGAACAGACUAAAAGAUCUCUGCUGUACUUUGUUUGAAGAUAUUUUCAUAGAAGCAAUGUCAGGGACCAACGCUACAAAUACUACCGUAUAUAGUCAGAGAUUAUUUAAUGAAAUCGGGGGCUCUUCAUCGGUGCCUACAGUGGAGGAACCACAGGUAGUACGAGUUAGUACUCCACCGAGUGAACGAACUAUGUUCAUUACAUUCUCUAAGGAAUUUCCAAUUACGGAAGAUCAAUUGCGAGAGUAUUUUGUCGGGAUGCAUGGGGACUGUAUAGAAAGAAUCGAUAUGCAAGAAAUACAACCACCACAAAGACGGUUAAUGUUUGCUAAGAUAGCUUUCAAUGAAUCUGAAACAAUUGAUCAAAUCCUUGGCGGCGUAGAGGCCGUUUGGCUUUUAAUCAAUGGAGUUCGUGUACGUGCUAGCAAGGAGAUAUGA